UGGUUUGGGUGAACUGAAAUAUGAGAUCUCUAAGGAAAGAAUAUAUGUGGUUUUUGCUUCAGGCAUGAUUUUAGUAUUACUUUGACAUCAAGAAUUGCAUUAAUCCUUGUCCAAAUUGCAUUAAUGGGGGAUCAUAUAUAGUGCACGCCACCUGUUUGAUUAAAUGAUCCAUUCAGUUGGGCGAUUUCUGUUCAAACUUGGCAACUAAACCCAAUUAUGGCAACUGUAAAUACCAACUACCAGAAGUUGCAUACCUAUUUCAGUUAUCCAAGAAUAGUUCUUAGGGUGGCAGAAUAUGUAGAUACCUCAAGAACCCUUGUCUUUAUAUUAACUUCUCACCAUGGUUUUAUGGCAUUGUCGUCACAAAAAUCAGCUUGAGUUAUCGAUGGCACCAAGUAAAGUCCUCUCGGACAGCUACAUAGUUCUUGCGGUUCUGAUUGUAUCUUCUCUGUCUAGUGUAGUGUCACUUAGUUCGGAAAAAAAUGAGCACGUAUCGGCGGUAGGCGAUUCCGGGAUGAGAAGAGAUGGUCUUAGAUUAGCAAUAGAAUCUUGGAAUCAGUGUAAUGAAGUUGGAGAAGAAGCUCCUCAAAUGGGGAGUCCUAGAGCUGCUGAUUGCUUUGAUGUAUAUAAAGCUUCUCCUCAGCCAGGAGAAGAUCGGUGCUCGCUCUGCAAUAAAGUGCCGUACAUGUUAGUCCACCGAGUUACAGAAAAGGAAAACAGGCUUGGGGCGGGGCAACCAUUUGCGGGAGUGAAGCAAGAGGCGCUCGACAAUGUCGAUCUCUAUGCAGCAGAAAAAGAAGUCUAUUUGGGAAGUAAAUGCCAAGUUGAAGAUAAACCGAAUCCAUGGCAAUUCUGGAUGAUCAUGCUCAAGAGUGGCAAUAUGGAUACGUAUGCCGCUAAAUGCCCCAAAAACGGGCAUAAAGUAGGCCCGUUUGGCCCUCCUGACCAGUUUCCUUGUUUCGGUAAAGGUUGCAUGAACCAGCCAUUGAUCUAUCAUAAUUACACAACUUUACAAGGGAGGAAACGGAAUACGCUCAAGGGAAGAUUUUACGGCUCGUGGGAUUUGGAUGCUGAUUUUAGCAAUGAAAUGAUGGGGGGCAAUAAUAUCUCGUACCAUUCCGUCACUUGGGAGAAGAAACUUGGAAAAGGGAGUUGGAUUUUUCACCAUGUUUUAAGGACCUCAAUCAAGUAUCCAUGGCUGAUGCUUUACCUAAGAUCGGAUGCCACAACGGGCUUUUCUGGUGGAUACCACUAUCCUACAAGGGGAAUGCUAAAAAUAAUACCAGAAUCACCGGAUUUCAAAGUGAAAUUCACACUGAAAGUUAUCAGGGGCGGUGGCCCCAACAGCCAAUUCUACUUGAUGGACAUAGGAAGUUGCUGGAAGAACAACGGUCAAUCAUGUGACGGCGAUGUAACUUCCGACGUGACACGUUACAGCGAAAUGAUACUGAAUCCAGAAACGCCAUCAUGGUGCAAUGCCAAUGACCUCAAGCUGUGCCCUCCGUACCACACUUUCCCAAACGGGACCCGCAUUCAUAGGAACGAUACUGCUCGUUUUCCGUACGAGGCCUAUCACCUGUACUGUGCCCCUGGAAACGGAGAGUACACAGAGAAGCCUAAUGUGAUGUGUGAUCCUUACAGUAAUCCUCAGCCACAGGAGAUUUUGCAGAUUUUGCCGAACCCUGUUUGGGGCGACUACGGUUAUCCAACCAAGAAAGGAGAGGGUUGGAUCGGAGAUUCCAGGACUUGGGUUCUCGAUGUUGGGAGGUUAUCGCAAUCCCUCUACUUUUACCAGGAUCCAGGGACUGCUCCAGCUAGGCGAAAAUGGACAUCGAUAGAUUUGGGGGCUGAGAUUUAUAAAGAUCCAAAUCAAGUAGCAGAAUGGACUGUCACUGAUUUUGACAUUCUUGUACCGAUGAAACUGUUUUAAUUACUUCUUGUUAGAAUUAGUGUGUGCUGUAACUGAUGUGGAACUUGAUGCCUAUGUUAAAUAUUUGAAGCUAUUUAAGUAUUAGGUUGUAGUAAUUAACUUCUUUAGCUUAGCAUGCUUGUAAUUUCCCAAGAUAAGUGUCUGAACAACAUUAGUCUGCUGGUCUUGCUAUUUAUAUAUUUUUAUAUUCUUAAGUUGA